AAAUGGUAAGACUUCCACUGAUUCCCAGAAGGCGCACAUCACGGCACUCCACAGCAUAUGCCGUGUUCAUCAUUGUUUAAUAGGGAUGACUUUGAAGUGCAUUUUUUUGAAAUUGCUGGAGAGAGCUUACCGGAAGAGCGAAUCCGCGAACGCGUCGCGGAAUCGAGAGCGUGGUGUGGAGAUGUGGUCUAGGCAGUCGCGGUGGUGCGUUGGUCGCAGCUAGAGAAUUUUGGUUUAAUACAUGGAGAAUGAAGUACGGAAGACUGGGGAUGGUAAUACAGGUCAUGCUUCCUUGUUUGGAAGGUGCGUAAACCUCAAAAAAGUUUGCUCACUCUGCGUGGCAGAUAGGCGUCCGAUUAUCGAACUAUUUCCAGCACGUUGUGAGGUUGGGCGUGAUCAAAGCGACGGCGGUAUCCGAAGAUGUUAGUCUGAGGUCUUGCGCUCGCGUUCCUUCGACGUGCGAAGUCUUUGCGGAUUUGUAUAAUCGUGCUGGAAAAGUAGUCGAGGGCUGUGGUGUUUGUUCAUCAUAAUGGAGAGAUGACUUUCAGAUUGAGUGGCUGCUUGCUUGGGAGGCUUUUACGAAGGAAUCAGUGAAAAGGUCUUUGAACUUUUCUUAUCUAGCUCGAUGUUCCAUUCUCUUCUCAGCACGUCCUGUUACAGUGAUUUGGACAUGCUCAUCGCAUACAACACUUUCCGCGAUGGUAGAUGAUCAUGAACGGUAGAUCGCGAGGAACAUGACACGGGGAGUCGAUUUUUCUGAGUUCUUAGUUCGAGUAACGUUCAUUUGAACGCGUUUGUUUGAGAGCCUACUCAUUUAGACACAUCUGUGUAUGAGCGCAACUCGACAGAAGAACAAACAAUCGGCAAUUCACCUCAUGUGAAGCACUUUUCGGCGAGUGAGAUUUUCACAGGAAUGACGCCGGAGUUGCCCUCAAAGUUGCGGCUCCAAUUGCAAGUCGCUACCCUUGAGAAAAAUUGGACAUAUUCCGCUUUUUGGAAGCCUGCCUUUGUGAAUCAGAAGAAGAUAUUGGUCUGGGGUGAUGGCUAUUAUAAUGGAGUAAUCAAAACAUAUAAAACCAUUCACGGCAUGGAGUUGACACCCAAAGAGUUUGGCUUGCAGCGUUCGCAGCAGCUCCGUGACCUCUGCCUUACAUUAGAUUCCCGUACCAGGGACCAGCAUGCCAGUAAGCCGUUUGCGUUGAAAGUCGAUGACCUUGCAGACCCCGAGUGGUUUUUCCUCCUGAGCAUGAUCUACGAUUUCGCUGAAAAUGAAGGGAUGGUAGGAAAAACAGCAGCAAGAGGCCAAUAUACAUGGCUGCGCCAAGCCCAUGAGCAGGAGACGGCAGUUUUCACACGCUCUCUUCCUGCCAAGGUUGAAAGGAGUAACAAUAGUACUUACCGGUAUUGUGGUGACGGACAGACGGUAGUCUGCAUUCCUCUAAAGAAUGGCGUCCUUGAAUUCGGAACAUCAGAGGAUGUGCCAGACGACUCAAAACUUGUGCAAAGUAUUUUAGCCUUCUUUAUGGAGCCGUUGAACAGGACGCCCUCGAAAAAUACUGUGUCUAGUGAGCGUAAGCGCGUUCAUUCAGAGACCACUCGCCAGAAAUUGGUUUGUGCGGGUCAUCUCAGCCAACUUGAAAGUUCCGUUGCGAGGAGUCCCAAGAGGGUGAAGCGUUCCAGUUUUUCGACAGCUGAGACUGGGGAAGCGAUCCCACUGAAUAAUGAGAACAUCCAGAUGGAACCAUCUUGUGAGGGGCCUAGGAUAUCUAAUCGAUGUGACGAAAUCAAGAAGGAUGCUUCGCGUCCGAACACAUUUCAUGCCUGGAAGAAAAAUCCUGCACCCUUGCAGAAGUGUCUGCAUCCUGAGAAACUGUAAUGGAUCCUAAAAGGGGCUCUUUUUCGUGUUCCAGGGAUCAUUAGGGGAGCGCAUGAGGAAAAGACAAGGAAGUACGUAGUGACUUUGUAGUUAUUGACAAGGUUAGUGAGGGUAUAAAAAUCGCCCCUGAUUUGGGAUGCAGUAAGCUGAUACCUAGCAGUGAAGACAUCAAUGCGAAUCAUAUGCUAGCAGAGCGUCGAAGGCGUGAGAAACUAAGAGAGAUAUUCACGUCAUUGAGUGCGCUGGUCCCCAAUGUCACUAAGGUGUGUGCGUAUUCUCGAAAAAGAGGCUGGAGUAACAUGAACAACGUAUACUGAAAAUAUAAACUAGACAAGUCGUAAUAGUCACGCUGCUUUGCAGGGUAUGUUACGUUACAAAUCGUGCAACUCCCUGAUCAACAUUCACCAACAGUUAUCUUGAUUGUGAAGUUGGUCAAUUACACAAAACGGUGUUUGGAAAGUGGUUGAGAGCUAAGGGAUUAUAUGAAGUGCAGAUGGAUAAGGCAUCGAUUCUUGGAGGUGCCAUUGAAAAUGUGACAGAGCUUGAAAUCGAUUAAAAGCUUUGGAAAGCUUUGACAAGACAUCGAAGCAUAAUGAAUUUACAAAUGGGAGUAUCUUGGACACUAACACCACCAAACAGCACUUGGAGUGUGCUGUCAUCGAACAAGUUAAAGAUGGGAGCAAGGCAACGAGAGUCGAAUGCGUGAAAGAUAAAGAAACUUAUAAGCAGGGAAAUAUCCAAGUAUCAAUGAAAAAUGAUAUGGCUCUUGUCAAUCUCCAAUGUCCUGGGAAUCAAACACUACUUCUAAAUGUAUUACAAACAUUGAAUGAUUUUGAGUUUGAA